GAGGAAAAAAAAAAACCCCCGCCAUGACCACCGCUUCCAAUCUGGACGGGGCACCGGGACUUGGGAGGAAAGUGGGAUGCGUCUGCAGGAGGAGAGGGGACGGGAUCCGGGGGGUGUCUGCGAUGAGGGCUGGAGUACAGGCGCACCACUGGAGCCGGCUGCUGCUGCUCCUCUACAUGGGGCUUCUGGCCCCCUCAGUGAAGGCUCAAAAUUGCAGUUACACACUCCACAGUCCCAAUGGGACAAUAGAGAGUCCUGGAUAUCCUUAUGGCUAUCCCAACUACGCCAACUGUACGUGGGUUAUCGUGGCGGCGGAGCACAACCGGAUACAGCUGGUGUUUCAAGGUUUCGCCCUGGAGGAGGAUUUUGACAUCUUGUCCGUGUACGGUUAACAGGGUUUCAGCUCCCAUCGCCCAUCGUGAGCACAGGCUCCAGGCUCACGUUGUGGUUACUGUCGGACUACGCGGUCAGUGGACAGGGAUUUAAAGCCGUCUAUGAAGCUCUGCCCAGCUACACCUGCGGUAACCCUGGACAGCUUCUGAACGGCCAGCAUCAGGGGUCCACCUUUAACAUCGGAGACAAAAUCCGUUACAGCUGCAGCCCCGGCUACGUGCUGGAGGGCCACACCACACUCUCCUGCCUCGCCACUUCAGCUGGUACUGCAGCCUGGGAUUUCCCUCUUCCCUACUGCAGAGCGGAUGAUGGAUGUGGAGGGACACUGCGGGGUCAAAGCGGAGUGAUCACCACCCCCAAUUACCCAGCUGAGUAUAACAACAAUGCUGACUGCACCUGGACUGUGCUGGCCGAGCCAGGAGACACCAUUGCCCUGGUUUUCUCUGACUUUCAACUGGAGGAGGACUACGACCUCUUGGAGGUCAGCGGCACUGAGGGAUCUUCGCAGUGGUUUACUGGCCCCAACCUUCCCUCGCCAAUCAUUAGCAGCAAGAACUGGCUUCGCCUUCACUUCACCUCUGAUGGCAAUCACAAGCUGAGAGGCUUCAGCGCCCAGUACCAAGUGAAGAAGAUGACUGAACUGAAAUCCAGAGGUGUGAAGAUGUUGCCAAGCAAAGACAACCACCACAAGAUCUCCGUGUUAUCUCAAAUGGGUGUUGCACAAGGACACAACAUGUGUCCGGAUCCUGGAAUUCCAGAUAGAGGAAAAAGAAAAGGUUCUGACUUCAGACGAGGAGCUACAGUGCAUUUCUCCUGCGAUGAAGGCUAUGAACUCCAGGGCUCCAAGAGCAUCACUUGUCUCAGAGUGACAGACAGCUAUGUUGGCUGGAGUGAUGACCGUCCCAUCUGCAGAGCCCCCAUGUGUGGAGGCCAGCUGAGGGGACCCAGUGGAGUCAUCACUUCUCCAAACUACCCUGUUCAGUAUGACAACAACGCCAACUGCACUUGGAUUAUCACUGCAACUGAUCUAUCUAAGGUGAUCAAGCUGACCUUUGAGGAUUUUGACCUGGAAAGAGGCUAUGACACCCUAACAGUGGGAGACGGCGAGGUGGUAGGAGACCAAAAGACCAUCUUCCACGUCCUGUCUGGAACCACCACUCCAGACCUGGUAGUGAGCACCAGCCACCAGAUGUGGCUCAACUUCAAAACGGACGACACAAGUGGCUCUCUGGGCUUCAAGGUGUCUUACGAAGAAAUCGAACAAGGCAGUUGCGGAGAUCCUGGAAUCCCAGCUUAUGGUAAGCGGGAAGGAGCGGGCUUUCGUCACGGGGACAAGCUGUACUUCGAGUGCCUGCCUGCCUUUGAGCUGGUGGGAAAGAAGAACAUCACUUGUCAGAAGAACAACCAGUGGUCUGCCAAGAAACCCAGCUGUGUUUUUUCCUGUUUCUUCAACUUUACGACUCCAUCCGGCGUGCUGCUUUCUCCCAACUACCCUCAGGAGUAUGGAAAUAAUAUGCACUGUGUGUGGCUCAUCAUUACCAACCCUGAGAGCCGAAUCAAUCUGGCCUUCAACGACCUCAGCAUGGAGAAGCAGUUUGACUUCCUCUCCAUCAAGGAUGGAGGAAAGGCUGAGUCUCCGAUCCUGGGAACCUUCUCUGGCGACGUCCUGCCUCCUCCCAUAACAACGAGCGCCCACGUGGCGCGGCUGGAGUUCCUGACGGAUCACACAUACACGGACAGAGGCUUCAACAUCACUUUCACAACAUUUCGACACAACGAGUGCCCCGAUCCAGGAGUUCCGGUUAAUGGAAAACGUUUUGGUGAAAACCUCCAACUGGGAAGCUCCAUAUCAUUCCUGUGUGAGGACGGCUUUGUUAAGACCCACGGCUCUCAGACCAUCUCCUGCAUUCUUAAGGACGGCAACGUGGUGUGGGACAAUGCAGUUCCUCGUUGUGAAGCUCCAUGUGGAGGGGACCUAAAAGCACCCAGCGGGAUCAUCCUCUCCCCUGGCUGGCCAGAAUUGUACAAGGAGGCCCUUAACUGUGAAUGGAUCAUCGAGGCUCCUCCGGGCUACCCUAUCAAGAUCAUCUUUGACAAGUUUCGCACUGAGGUCAACUACGACGUCCUUGAGGUGCGGGAUGGGCGAUUUCCUUCUUCCCCUCUGAUUGGAAGCUACCAGGGCACCCAGGUUCCACAGUUCCUCAUCAGCACUUCAAACUUCCUGUACCUGCACUUCUCCACUGACAAGAGCCACUCUGACAUCGGAUUCCGCAUACGUUAUGAAACCCUGCAGCUGCAGUCGGACCACUGCGUGGAUCCCGGCAUACCUGUCAACGGCCAGCGGCACGGCCACGACUUCUUCGUGGGCGCUCUGGUGACGUUUAGCUGCGAAGCCGGCUACACUCUGAGUGACGCCGAGCCUUUGGAGUGCGAACCCAAUUUCCAGUGGAGUCGCCCCCUGCCUAGCUGUGAUGCGCUGUGCGGGGGUUACAUCCAAGGCAACAGCGGAACCAUCUUGUCUCCCGGCUUUCCAGACUUUUACCCACACAACCUGAACUGUACAUGGAUAAUCGAGACCUCUCAUGGCAAAGGUGUCCAGUUCACUUUCCACACGUUCCAUCUCGAGAGCCCUCACGACUACUUGCUGGUGACAGAGAACGGCAGCUUCUCUCAGCCCCUCUGGAGACUGACGGGCUCCACGCUACCGCCGCCCCUCAGCGCCGGGCUGUUCGGAAACUACACGGCACAGAUCCGCUUCCUCUCAGACUUCUCUGUGUCCUAUGAGGGGUUCAACAUCACUUUCUCAGAGUAUGACUUGGAGCCUUGUGAGGAUCCUGGAAUUCCACCCUACAGUACCAGAAAAGGACUGCUGUACGGGGUCGGAGACACCCUCAUCUUUUCUUGUUUCCCAGGUUACCGACUGGAGGGUCCAGCAAGGGUUGUGUGUUUAGGGGGGAGGCGGCGAGUGUGGAGCUCCCCCCUGCCAAGGUGUGUUGCCGAAUGUGGCUCAUCCGUGACUGGCAUGCAAGGGGUGCUGCUCUCCCCUAACUACCCCGGUUACUAUGGCAACAACCACGAAUGCAUCUACUCCAUCCAGACGCAGCCUGGCAAAGGCAUCCAGCUACGAGCUAGAGAUUUCAGACUGGAGGAGGAUGACGUGCUCAAAGUCUUUGAUGGCAGCAGCAGCAAGGCCCGUCUGCUGGGGGUGUUUACAGAAAACGAGAUGCUCGAUACAACCCUGAACUCCACCUCCAGCUCUAUGUGGUUGGAGUUCAUUAGCAAUGCAGAAAACACCAGUAAAGGUUUUGAGCUGCAUUUUACAAGUUUUGAGUUGGUCAAAUGCGAGGAUCCAGGUGUUCCUCUAUUUGGCUACAAACGAGAGGACAAGGGCCACUUCGCAGGAAGCACAGUGUCGUACAGCUGUGACCAAGGCUACAGCCUGAAAGGCCCUGAGGUGCUGACCUGCCUGCGGGGAGAAAGGAGGGCCUGGGAUUACCCUCUUCCACUCUGUGUUGCGGAGUGUGGUGGCACCAUCAAGGACGAACCGUCUGGUCGGAUCUUGUCUCCAGGUUAUCCGGCUCCAUAUGAACACAACAUGCACUGUGUUUGGACCAUCGAGGCGGCUUCAGGGAGCACUAUAAGUUUGCACUUCCUGGUUUUCCACACGGAGGAGGUCCACGACUUGCUCCGAAUUUGGGAUGGCCCCCAGGAUGGAGGGGUCCUGCUCAGGGAGCUGAGUGGCUCAGCACUACCCCCAGACGUUCACAGCACCUUCAACACUGUCACGCUGCAGUUCACCACAGACUUUUUCACCAGCAAACAAGGCUUCGCUCUGCAGUUCUCUGUUUCUACUGCAACCUCCUGCAAUGACCCAGGCAUGCCAACUAAUGGCACCCGCAGUGGUGACAGCAGGGAGCCCGGGGACCAUGUGGUGUUCCAGUGUGAUCCCGGCUACCUCCUGCAGGGAGCCAACAGGAUCACCUGCACUGAGAUCAAUGGUCGCUUCUUCUGGCAGCCAGACCCUCCUACGUGCACAGCUCCAUGUGGUGGGAACCUGACAGGUCCGAGUGGGCUGAUCCUGUCUCCAGACUAUCCUGAACCUUAUCCUCAUGGAAGGGAGUGUGACUGGACUGUAGCUGUCAUGGAGGACUACGUCAUCUCUCUCAGCUUCAACCAUUUCAGCUUGGAGCCCAGUUAUGACUUCUUGCAUAUCUACGACGGACCAGACUCGCUGAGCCCUUUGCUGGGGAGUUUCUACGGCACCGACGUUCCAGACCGCAUCGAGAGCAGCUCCAACACUCUCUUCCUGGCUUUCCGCAGUGAUGCCUCCCUCAGCAGCAACGGAUUUGUUCUGCAGUACACAGAGAACCCCAGGGAGUCCUGCUUCGAACCCGGCCUAGUGCGCAACGGGACGCGGGUGGGGACAGAUUUCAAGCUAGGCUCCGCUGUCACCUACCACUGUGACAGUGGCUACACACUGGAGGGAGACCCAAUGCUUACUUGCAUCAUGGGGAGAGACGGCAAGCCGAGCUGGAACAAACCCAAACCCUUCUGCAUCGCUCCAUGUGGUGGACAGUACAGUGGUUUAGAGGGAGUGGUGUUGUCUCCCGGUUACCCCGGCAACUACAGCAGGUCUCGAACCUGUUUGUACUCUGUAGUGGUGCCCAAGGAUUAUGUGGUCUUCAGUCAGUUCGCCUUCUUCCAGACGGCACUGAAUGACAUCGUUGAAGUUUAUGACGGGCCAACGCAACAUUCGCGUGUGCUGAGCUCACUGUCUGGAUCGCACACAGGGGAAUCGUUGCCCUUGGCGACCUCCAACCAAAUCCUGAUUCGCUUUACCUCCAAAGGCCAAUCCAGCUCUCGAGGAUUCCAUCUAGUCUACCAGGCUGUUCCUCGGACCAGUGCCACUCAGUGCAGCUCCGUCCCCGAGCCCCGAAAUGGUCGACGGAUGGGCAACAACUUCUCAGUUGGUGCGGUGGUGCGCUUUGAAUGCAACCCUGGUUAUCUGCUGGAGGGGUCGAGUGUCAUUGAAUGUUUGACUGUUCCCAACGCUCUGGCUCAGUGGAACACCUCCAUACCCAGCUGCAUUGUUCCAUGUGGUGGUAAUCUGACCCAAAGAACUGGCACCAUCCUGUCUCCUGGUUUCCCCGAACCAUACCUCAACAGUCUCAACUGUGUUUGGAAGAUUACCGUUCCUGAAGGCUCAGGAAUCCAGAUCCAGGUAAUCAGCUUCGUCACAGAGCAGAACUGGGACUCGCUGGAGGUUUUUGACGGAGGCGAUAACACGGACACUUUGCUCGGCAGCUUCUCAGGCACCACAGUUCCAGCUCUUCUCAACAGCACCUCCAACGAGCUCUACCUCCACUUCUUCUCUGAUAUCAGCGUGUCUGCAGCCGGAUUCAGGCUGGAAUACAAAACUGUUUCUCUGACAAACUGUCCGGAGCCUGUAGUUCCAAUGAACGGCAUUAAGAUCGGUGACCGUCUUCAGAUGAAUAAUGUGGUGUCCUUCCAUUGCGAACCAGGAUAUACCCUUCAGGGGAACUCUCACAUCACCUGCAUGCCUGGAACUGUCAGGCGAUGGAACUACCCUCCUCCUCUUUGCAUUGCUGAAUGUGGGGGAAUCCACGAGGAGAUGGAGGGAAUGAUUCUUAGUCCUGGUUUCCCUGGCAACUACCCUAGCAACAGUGACUGCACCUGGAGAAUCUACCUGCCAGUUGGAUAUGGAGCCCACAUACAGUUCCUCAAUUUCUCCACCGAGGCUAACCAUGAUUUUCUUGAAAUACGUAACGGGCCCCUGGAUACUAGCCUCGUGAUUGGUCGAUUCAGCGGCCAGGAUGUCAUCUCUUCUCUCCUCACCACCUCCCACGAGACCACAGUAUACUUCCAUAGUGACCAUUCACAGAAUAAACCCGGCUUCAGGUUUGAAUACCAAGCAUACGAGCUGCAGGAAUGCCCAGACCCAGAGCCAUUUCGUUAUGGAGUGGUGGUCGGUGCUGGAUAUAAUGUGGGCCAGUCCAUUUCCUUCGAGUGUCUGCCGGGGUAUCAGCUGAUGGGAUAUUCCAUCCUCACCUGUCAGCAUGGUACAACCCGCAACUGGGAUCAUCCUUUCCCUCGCUGUGAAGUCCCCUGUGGCGGGAACAUCACCUCAGACAAUGGGACCAUUUUCUCCCCCGGAUACCCAGAGGAGUACCCCAGCUCGGCUGAUUGCUCCUGGCUGAUCACAGUGGCUCCAGGCUUUGGUAUCAAGCUGAACUUCACCUUGCUGCAGGUUCACGGGCCGCAUGACUUCAUCACUGUAUGGGACGGUCCACAGGAGACAGCCAGGAAACUGGGGGUGUUCACUGACGGAGAACCCAAUGACCCACCCAGUAGUACAUCCAACCAGGUGCUCAUUCGUUUCCGUAGUAACACAGAAAAGGGGGGCUUGUUCCGUAUUGGAUACCAAGCUUACAGACUACAGUACUGCCUGCCUCCGCCCAUCAUUCCCAAUGCAGAGAUCCUGAUGGCGAGCAAAGAAUUCAAAAUCGGGGACAUCGUUCGCUACAGAUGUCUUCCCGGCUACCAGUUAAGUGGAAACAGCAUUUUGACCUGCCGGUUAGGAACACACUUGGAAUUCGAGGGGCCUCCACCGUCUUGUGACGUGACUUGUCCCAUGAAUGAGGUGCGAACGGCGUCCACAGGGGUCAUCAUGAGCCAGUCGCCGGGCAACGGCUUUCCACAUUUCGAGUCGUGCUCCUGGGUGGUGAAAGUGGAGCCCGGAUACAACAUCACACUCACCAUCGAACACUUCCAGACCAGCCGGCAGUUUGAUGAGCUUGAAAUUUUCAAUGGUCCUUCCAGACAGAGCCCUCUCCUGGUCACCCUCAGUGGAAACUACUCCAGCCCUCUAAGCAUCACCAGCUCCAGUAAUAAAGUCUACCUGCAUUGGUCCUUUGACCACACGACCAGCCACAAAGGCUUCCGCAUACGCUACUCAGCGGCCUACUGCAGCCCUCCCAACAACCCUGUAAACGGCACAGUGCACAGCCUGACAGGCACCAAGCUGGGCAGUACGCUGCGCUUCAGCUGUGACCAGGGCUUCCGGCUUAUUGGUCAGAGCAGUGCCACAUGUGUCAGGACGGCCCAGGGGAUUUUCCAGUGGAAUGCACCUGUGCCUCUUUGCCAAGUCAUGUCUUGUGGGAUGCCGGUUCCUCCAGGUAACGGCAGCAUUGUUGGCCAGGACUUUUCUCUCGGAGCAAAGGCUACCUACCAGUGCAAUCCUGGAUUUCGGCUCUCUGGGCCCAUCACCACCUCACUGAUCUGUCAAGAAUCUGGCAGGUGGAGCCCCAUUGAGGCCCCGCCCAGAUGUAUCUCGGUUACCUGCCAAGACAUCGGCCACUCUGCUGUGGAACACGGAAGAUGGCGACUAAUCUACGGCACGCAAAACCAAUACGAUGCCAUGAUGAUGCUUAUAUGUGAUCCAGGGUAUUACUACAGGGGUCAAAGGAUCAUUCGCUGCCAGGAAAACGGCACAUGGAACUACCCAGAUCCUCACCCAGUCUGUGAUAUCAUUUCCUGUGGGGAUCUUGGAACUCCACCUAAUGGAAACAAGAUCGGGACAUUGACUGUGUAUGGAGCCACAGCGAUUUUCUCCUGUAAUACAGGAUAUACCUUGGUGGGUUCUCGAGUACGAGAGUGCAUGUCCAACGGUCUUUGGAGUGGAACACAGGUCCAGUGUCUGGCGGGCCACUGUGGCACUCCAGAGCCGAUAGUGAACGGGCAAAUCAUCGGGGAGAACUAUAACUAUCGAGGCAGCGUGGUCUACCAAUGCAACCCGGGAUUUCGUCUCAUCGGAGUGUCGGUGCGAAUUUGUGAGCAGGAUCACCGGUGGUCAGGACGAACUCCUGUUUGUGUCCCCAUCACAUGUGGUCACCCCGGCAACCCUACAUUUGGUACAACCCAAGGAACCCAGUUCAACUUGAAUGAUGUGGUGCGAUUCGUCUGCAAUACUGGAUACGUUCUACAGGGGGCUGUUAAGUCUACAUGCCAAGCCAGUGGGCAAUGGAGCAACCCCCUACCCAGGUGUAAAAUUGUGAACUGCACAGAGCCGGGCCAUGUUGAGAACAGCAUUAGGCAGGUACUGUCCAGUGGACCGCAUCGCUACAGUUUCCAGACCACUGUGUCAUACCGCUGCAACCCAGGUUACUACCUGCUGGGCACCAGCUCUAUUUCAUGCCAGGGGGACGGCACCUGGGACCGCUCCUUACCCAAAUGUCUGUUGGUGCUGUGUGACCACCCCAGCGUGCCUCCCUAUGCCAAGAUUUCAGGUGACCGGCGAACCGUAGGAUCAGUCAUCCGCUACAGCUGCAUGGGUCAGCGUACUGUCAUUGGCAACACCACGCGGAUGUGCCAGCUGGACGGGCAGUGGAGUGGCUCACCACCACACUGCUCUGGAGAAUCUUCUGGGCUUUGUGGAGAUCCAGGAGUUCCGGUCCAUGGUAUUCGUCUGGGGGAAGAGUUCACAGUUGGCAGCGUUGUCCGCUUCAGCUGUGAGCCUGGCUAUGUGCUGAAGGGUUCAUCGGAGAGAACGUGUCUGGCCAAUGGGACCUGGCUGAAUACACAACCCGAGUGUCAUGUUAUUUCCUGUGGAAAUCCAGGAACUCCACGAAAUUCCCACAUCCUCAUCCACGAUGGCCUGACGUUCUCCAGAUCCAUCACUUACAGUUGUAGGGAGGGAUACUAUUCCACUGGACUGCUUACAAGACACUGUACUGUCAAUGGCACGUGGACAGGAAACAUGCCAGAGUGUUCAGUUAUCAACUGUGGUGAUCCCGGAGUACCGGCCAAUGGGGUGAGAUUUGGAACGGAUUUCACAUACAACCACACUGUCAGUUUCCAGUGUUCCCCUGGAUUCACCAUGGACGCCGACAGGGCUUCCACUCUCAUCUGCACCAAGGAUCGCACCUGGAACGGCACCAAACCUCUUUGUAAAGCAAUUGUUUGUGGUCCACCACCCACUAUCCCCAAUGGACAGGUUGUUGGUACGGACUUCACCUGGGGCUCAAGUGUUAGUUACUCCUGUAACCAAGGCUACCAGCUGUCCCUGCCCACUGUGUUAACAUGUCAGGGCAACGGGAACUGGAGCGGAGAGAAGCCACAGUGUUUCCCUGUUUUCUGUGGGGACCCCGGGACACCAGCUCAGGGACGGAGAGAAGACCGGGGUUUCAAUUAUCUCUCGUCUGUAUCCUUUUCCUGCAACCAUCCCCUCGUCUUGGUCGGCUCGGCCAGAAGAUACUGCCAGUACGACGGCACAUGGAGCGGCACUCAGCCCUCUUGCAUAGAUCCCAGUCACACUACCUGCAGUGAUCCGAGCACUCCUCUAUUUGGAAACCAGAACAACAGCCAAGGCUUUCAGAUCGGCAAGACUGUGUUCUUCAACUGCAGGAAGGGCUACUUACUGCAGGGCUCCAUUUCACGCACAUGUCUGCCCAACUUGACCUGGAGCGGCUUUCAGCCCGAGUGCAUCGCCCACCACUGCAGCCAGCCAGAACUGCCAGCCCAAUCUGACGUGAAAGCCAUUGAACUGCCGUCCCUUGGUUACACACUGAUCUACACCUGUCAGCCUGGCUUCUACCUGGCUGGAGGAUCAGAACACCGAACCUGCAGAUCUGAUGGUAGCUGGUCAGGGAAAGCACCACUAUGUGCAGCAGAUAAUCGCCCAAGUGGGAACUUUGGAAAUAGCUCAGUGGGGCCUCUGCCGGAGCCCCCCUCCAAACUGCCAGGUAAAAGAGUUCCUAGUGGGGUUUUUGCUAAGAACUCCCUCUGGACGGGCUCGUAUGAGUACCUGGGAAAGAAGCAGCCAGCCAUGCUGAGCAUCACUGCCUUUGAACCCCUUAGCAAUCGGGUUAACGGGACUCUCAUGGACAGAAGAGGACUUGAACUCAAACUGACAGGGACAUACAAAAAGGAGGAAGCCCAGCUGCUGCUGCAGGUCCACCAGAUCAGAGGUCCUGUGGAGAUUUUUGACAACAAGUUAAAGAUGGACAACUGGGCCAUGGAUGGACACGUGUCCUACAUCUCUUCAUCCAAUUCCUUUGUGUAUCAGGGAUUUGUCAGAGGAAAAGGCUUUGGCCAGUUUGGUCUACUAAGAGUUGUUGAUCCCAUCAAAGACAGCCCCAGCUACAACAACAGCAGUUCCGUGGCGGCAGCCAUCCUAGUGCCUUUUAUAGCCAUGAUCAUUGCAGGCUUUGCUCUAUAUCUCUACAAACACAGAAGAAGACCCAAAGUUCCUUUCAAUGGUUACGUGGGCCAUGAGAACACAAAUGGACGAGCCACGUUUGAGAACCCGAUGUACGACCGCAACAUCCAGCCCACUGACAUCAUGGCCAAUGAGACAGAGUUCACAGUCAGCACAGUGUGCACAGCGGUAUAGCAACUGCUUCUUCUGAGUUAGGGGGUGGAGACAAAGACCACAUCCUCGCCUGACCGUCAGCAGAAGACAUCUCCAGUUCUUUGAGCAGAAGGUGAAAAAAAAGAUUUCAGUUGCUGUAAAAGAAACCAGUGGUGGAGGCUGUUUCCUGCAAGAAACAAACAAACAACAACAAAAAAAAAGAAUUAAUAAAAAAAGAAACCAUGCGAAGGCGACUUUUUCAAAGGUCAUCGAGAAAAAGGCUUUCUGGAACUUUACAUGGUUUCUCGAGCGUUUUCCCGUAUUCUGCAGAAAAGCUUCCAUCUGCACCUGCAGCAGGCGGGAGGGAGCACUGCUGGAGGCAGAGUUCUGAUGACUUUUCUCACCGCUCUCCGCCUGAACCCGAAGGGACUCCAAACGCUUGGCUGCGAGUCCUGAAAUGAACCAGUAGCGAAAAGAUCUCAGUGCAAGGUGACCGCCACGUGGUGUGGGGUCCGAGAGUCUGGACUGGGUCACUUCAUUUGUUUCUUCGUUUAAUACUUUUCUUUUUUUUUAAGAUUUUUUUGAAAGGUUUCUGGCUAAGGAUGAAUUAAAAUUAUUACUUUCUCUGCUUUCUGUUUUUAUAAUAUAGCAGGGAGGGAUUUUUGCUUGCAUAGGCAGCUGGGUCCAGAGAAGAGGUUAAAAAGUGGCCUGUAAUAAGAAAAAGAA